AUGUCCCUCAAGAAUUCCUGCUCCUGCCAUUUUGCAGACAGGUGGGAGCUGCAGUUCUUGCACUUCUCACUGGUCAUCUGCCUGGUUGCCCUCCUGUGCAACGGCCUCAUCAUCACAGCCAUAGCCUGCAACUACCACCUCCACAUCCCCAUGUACUUCCUCCUCAACCUCUCCCUCCUCGACCUUGGCUCCAUCUCCACCACUCUCCCCAAAUCCAUGCACAAUUCCCCAAUGGACACCAGAGCUGUUUCAUACGUGGGAUGUGUUGGGCAGGUCUUAAGUUUUACUAUUUUCGUGUCAGCUGAGUAUUCUCUCCUCACAGUCAUGGCCUAUGACUGCUAUAUUGCCAUUUGCAGACCCCUGCACUACGUGACACUCCUGGGCAGCAGAGCUAGUGUCAAACUGGCAGUAGCUGCCUGGCUCACUGGUUUUCUCUAUGGCUCCCUGCACACUGGGAACACAUUUUUCCUACCCCUCUGCCAAGGGAACGUGGUGGAGCAGCUCUUGUGUGAGAUCCCCCAGAUCCUCACGCUCUCCUGCUCAGAUUCCUGCCCCAGGGAAAUUGGGAUUAUUGGUUUUAGUGCCUAUUUAUGCUUUAGGUGUUUCAUUUUCAUUGUGGUGUCCUAUGUGCAGAUCUUCACUGCUGUGCUGUGGAUUCCAUCAGAGCAGGGCUGGCACAAAGCCUUUUCCAUGUGCCUCCUGCACCUGGCCAUGGUCUCCCUGUUUGUCAGCACUUCAUUUUUUUUUGCCUACCUGAAGCCCCCCUCCAGCUCCUCUGCUGCUCUGGAUCUGGUGGUGGCUCUUCUGUAUGCAGUGGUGCCUCUAACUCUGAACCUCCUCAUCUACAGGAUGAGGAACAAGCAGCUCAAGGGGGCACUGAGGAAACUGGUUACAUGGGUCCAAUCUCUGCAUUUGGUGCUGGGCAUUCUGUAUGCAGCAAUGCCUCCAGUGAACCCUGUCACCUACAGCAUGAGGAACAAGGAGAUCAAGGAGGCUCUGAAGAAACUGAUCCAAUGGAGAGAACUCUGUGGACAGUUCUUCUGUGAAAUCCCCCAGAUCCUCAAGCGCUCCUGCGCACACUCCUACCUCAACCAACUCGCACCCACCAUCACCAGUGAUUACAAGGGGAGCUCAGAGAAGGAGCUCCCAUACACAUUACCCAAUGACAUGAGGGAGUAA